AUGGCUCCAGAACUGGACACAGUACACCAGAUCCACACGGGUUUACAACACCAGAUAAUUUGGCCGUGCCAGCCCAGCUGUGUGCCGCUGGAUGAGAAGCUCCUCCCAGAGCUACUUCAAGAGGCGGGAUACGUUACUCACAUGGUGGGGAAGUGGCAUUUAGGGAUGUACAGAAAAGAAUGCCUUCCAACCCGCAGAGGAUUUGAUACUUACUUUGGCUAUCUUCUGGGGAGUGAGGAUUAUUAUUCUCAUGACCGUUGUGUCCUCAUCAAAGCAAAGAACAUAACGCGUUGUGCUCUGGACUUUCGAGAUGGAGAAGAAGUUGCAACCGAGUUUAAAAACAUCUACUCUACUAAUUUAUUCACCGAAAGAGCUAUAGAUCUUAUAGCCAAUCAUAAAACAGAGAAGCCCCUUUUUCUCUACCUUGCUUUUCAAUCUGUCCAUGAACCUCUUGAGGUCUCUGAAGAAUACAUGAAACCAUAUUCCUCCAUUAAAGAUGCCAAGAGACGCCAUUAUGCAGGGAUGGUGGCUCUUAUGGAUGAAGCUGUAGGAAAUCUUACGGAUGCUCUUAAAAGAUACGGUCUUUGGGACAACACAGUUCUUGUUUUCUCUACUGAUAAUGGAGGGCAGACUUUGGCAGGUGGGAAUAACUGGCCACUGAGAGGAAGAAAAUGGACCCUCUGGGAAGGAGGAGUGAGAGGAGUAGGCUUUGUUGCAAGUCCUUUACUGAAACAAAAGGGUGUAGAAAGUCACGACCUCAUCCAUAUCUCUGAUUGGCUACCAACGCUGGUGCACCUUGCUGGGGGACAUACCAAUGGCACUAAGCCUUUGGAUGGCUUUAAUGUUUGGAACACUAUCAGUGAAGGAAGACCUUCCCCUCGAGUGGAACUGCUGCAUAACAUAGACCCCAUGUUUGUGGAUGAUUUCCCAUGUCUUGGCAUUGACAACAGGAUAUCUUUACCACAGAGCAAUUCUUCUCCAUGGGAUGACACACUUUUCAAUAUAUCCAUGCAUGCAGCAAUCCGACGAGGAAAAUGGAAGUUACUAACAGGAUAUCCAGGCUGCAGUCACUGGUUCCCUCCACCAUCUUUGUUUAAUAAGUCAGAGAUUGAAUCAUCUGAUCCACCAACAAAGAGACUAUGGUUAUUUGAUAUUGUUCAUGAUCCUGAAGAGAAAAAUGAUUUGUCUGAAAAAUAUCCUCACGUGGUGGAAAAACUGCUCUCACGGCUUCAAUUUUAUCAUAAGCGUUCAGUGCCCGUAUUUUACCCUGAUGAGGAUCCCCACUGUGAUCCAGCAGCAGCUGGGGCUUGGGGUCCUUGGGUAUAG